AUGGGCGGCGACCACAAGUGUCCAGUGUGCCAGGCGACGUUCACCCGCCCCCAGCAUGUUGCGCGCCAUAUGCGCUCCCACACCGGCGACAGGCCAUACAAAUGCCAGUUCUGUGGGGACCAGUUUGCUAGAAGUGACUUGCUUUCUCGACACGUAAAUAAGUGCCACGCCAACGAAAAGCCUCCAGCCGGAGCCACGACGACUCGAAGGAAAGGGUCGGCUUCGGCAUCGAGAGCGUCGACGUCGAAACAGGCCUGCGAUCAAUGCGUACAGUCGAGUUUGCCUUGCGAUGGCGCGAAUCCGUGCUCGAAAUGUAUCCAACGGAAAUGUCGGUGCACUUUCGUCAAGUUCCACCGGCAGACGGCCCCUAUUGGACCGGGCCACAAUCCCCACCCUCAGGCCAAUUCCACAUCUUCAAGACUCUCUAGUUAUGGUACGGCCGACGAUUUCCUUCUUGGUCCAGCUCCACCGUCGAUCGCGCCCAUCCCCGGCGAUCCAACUUCCUACAACACGUCAUUUACCUUCCCCAACCUAUACACGUCCACCGCCGAGUCGGCGCCUCCAUCGCUCGCUAUGCCGGGCAGCGGCGAUUACAACAAGUUUCGCUCGCAGGCAGAUUACAUGCGGCGUAUGACUCUCCCCCAGCCAUCGGGCUCAACGCUUUACAACGACCCCCGGAAUGCCAGUGCUACGUCUUGGCUGGGCUGGGGACCCGACACCACCUCGCAGCUCGCAGCUGGAAGCAGGCCUGUCACUGCUACAGAUCAUCACCCCAAAUCAGACCACCCAUCAUUCACAUAUCCGCCAGUAGCGGCUGAUACGUACAUUCCCUCUUACGCCGUCCGUCGCGUGCCCCACGAUCGCCACCCCUCUGUGGAAUUUAGCAGUGAUUCCUCGAGUCACUCUGUGCCAUCAUCAGCAUCUUCAUCAAGCGUUCAUCUUCCUCUCGAUGAUAUGGCCUCGCAGCAGCAGCAGCAGCACGCGUACCACGUGAGUUUGAGUGACUUGGAUGAACACAUCAAGGAUAUCCUCACUGCUCCGUCGAGUGAGAGCCAGGCUGAUUCAAUUGGAAUACAGGAUGCUCAAGCACAAGCCCAUCAUAAUUAUUUACAGUAUCAUCAACCUCAUCCCUCCCAACAGCACCAGCAGGGGAGUAAUCAAGGCAUGCAAUCUGCGCUGCCUUCCGAUCCAAACCCCAAUGCCGACUCCGGACAACAAGAGGGCGGAUUCUCGUCAGCAUUCGGGCUAAUGAGCUUGGACGAUCCAAGUAUUCUGGCUGGACUGUCAAACGACGGCGCUCCGUUCUUCACGAAUAAUGGGAUGGAUAUGUACCCCGGUGACCCAGACGCAACACCCAUGCCACCAAAAUCGUCGACUUCGGUUUCACUUACCAACAACAAUAAUAGCAAAGUUACUAGUCAUCCUAUUCAGCCUCUCUCCGCCAAUCCUGCGCACGGCUCAUCCGCACCUCGCGACGAGGUUUCCAAAGAGAGCUGGAAACAGUAUCUUCGCACACCGCUUCAAGGGUCGACACCCAACGGCCUUAAUUUCUCAUUCAGCAAUAGCGGCAGCGGCAGCGGUCCAUCCAAUCCCGUUUCUCCAGGACCGCCGUACCGCCGCGCGAGAGUCUCGUCGUUGCCUAGCGUACAGACACCUUCUGCCGAGAGGUCGCAAUCACAAUUUGGGUACGGUUAUCAGCCCAGUGGCAACGGUGGCGGAAAUGAUGGCGGGAACGGCGCGACUUCGUCUAUUCGAACAACGCUACACGGGAACCCCGACGAUCUUCGAUCUUACGAAGCUGCAAUAUUGGCGCGGCGGCCUCCCCUUAACCUCAAUCUAAAUAUGGACCUGGCGAUGAAGAGGAGCAGGGGUGCUACUGCGAGUUCGAGCAUGAGCCCAGUCGCGAUGGGAAAUGCGAGUUCCAGCUCGAAUUCUAACCCGAAUGCGAAUCCGCAGCAGAUGCAGCCACCGCAGAAGCGCGGAUAUGAGUACCACCCACCUGGGUCUUCUGGCGGUGGGAGUCGGCCUUCAAGUGCCUCUUCCCUAUCUCUGGCGAAUGCGUUCGGGAAGUCUCACUCUCACCCCCAUAUCUCGGCGAACCCGGCGCACCAUUCUCACGCGGCGAACGCGAAUGCGAUCUUUGCGUAUCUUGCGAACGAUCACGAACACCACCACGAUGGGCACGGGUUUGAGAACCCGAGCCCGCCAUCGAGGGGAUCCACGGCUUCGUUGGAUGAGAGCAGCAAUGCGAGUGAGGAAGGUGGCGAUUCGGGGUCGAUGUCGAGGCCGUCGUUUAAGCGGCUGCCCUCACAGACAUUGGCGCCGAUGAAUGCGAAGCGGGCGAUGUUGGAUCGGAGGAGUGGGUAUGGCUUUGGGGAGGAAGGUGGGGAGGAUGGAGACGAAGACGAUGUUGCGGCUGAUGAGGAUUAUAGACGGAGGGAGAUUGGAUAUAGACGCGGGCAACAGCAGCAACAGCGCGAUCAGCAACAGCAACAACGAGAUCAGCAACAGCAACAGCAGCAGCAGCAGCACCUUUCGCCUCCGCAAUCGCACGCUAUGAAUGUGGAUCGAAGCGGGGCGCCGCCGCCUUCUUCGUAUGGUGGCAUGGUUGCUGGGAGACGACGAAGGAUGAGCGCGCCCGAUACGUCGCCGACUGUUGGGAGCUUUGCUGCUGCUGGGCAGCUGUGA